AUGAAGACCAACCAGACUGUCCUGAUGGAAUUCAUCCUGGUGGGAUUUUCCCUUUACCCCCAAGUGCAGACCUUCUUCUUUGUGAUCUUCUUUGGCCUCUACCUGCUCACCCUUACAGGUAACCUGGCCAUCAUGGGUCUCACAUGGGCCGACAGAUAUCUUCACAUCCCCAUGUACCUUUUCCUCAGUGCACUCUCCUUCUCUGAGACUUGCUACACUGCAGCCAUCAUCCCCAGGAUGCUGACCGACCUGCUCACCAGAAGCAGGAGGAUUUCAUUCGCUGGGUGUGGCCUACAGAUGCUCUUCUUCUUGGGACUUGGUGGUACCAAUUGCAUUAUCCUCACUCUGAUGGGAUAUGAUCGCUUCUUGGCAAUUUGCAAUCCCCUCAGAUAUCCACUCUUAAUGACCAACGUGGUCUGUGGGCGACUGGUAGCCUUUGCCUGGGUUGGUGGCUUCUUGAUCUCUCUAGUAGAGACCACGCUGAUCUUCCAGGGCUCCUUCUGUGGCCCCAACCAUAUCCAGCAUUUCUUCUGUCAUAUGCGAGCUCUAGUGAAGCUGUCCUGUGUUGACAGUGACCGCACUGCAAUUGUAGUGACUGUGAUCUCUGUGUCUGGUCUGCUGGGCACCUUUUUACUUAUCAUCCUCACUUAUGUUUUCAUUCUUUCCACUGUCCUCAGGAUCCCCUCCACUGAGGGCAAACAGAAGGCAUUUUCCACCUGUGCAUCCCACCUCACAGUGGUUCUUAUUCACUUUGGCUUCGCAUCCAUUGUCUACCUAAAGCCAGAAGCCUCUGGGGGUGAAGAUAUCUUCACUGCGAUCCCCUACACGGUCAUCACUCCUUUCCUCAGCCCCCUCAUCUUCAGUCUUAGAAACAAAGACAUGAAGAAUGCUUUAAGAAAGGUGCUUGGGAAGUCGGAUUGGGUUCCUUGA